AUGCCUCCUGCCAAGAAGAAGCCAGCUCCGAGGCCCAAGCCAGCCGCACCAGUGCAGAGCGUAUUUCAGGGAGGAAGCUUCCUUGUUGAUGCCCAGGCCGAGGAAGAAGCUGAUCAUGAAAUCCAACCAACCCUCAGCAUGUCGGACCUGGACCUAGACGUCUCUUACGUUGGAAUGUUCCAGCCUGCUCCACAAGGAGAACGCGACCAAACCGGUUCUCAACAAUUCUUCCAAUCGCCGGCAGGUUGGACUGGACAUGAUAAUGACCUAGACCCAAAUGAUUUCGAGGACCAGAUCAAGAGAUGUCAUGAGCGAAUCAGCGAGAACUUCAUGACGCAGAUCUAUUCUCCGAGACUUGCCGCGUACGAGAGACUACGCACGGAGAAAAUGUAG